GGAACUGCUCUUCGGUGCCCACUCGCAGAGGGGUGGUAGGAACGCCCCCCUCCUGGCGCCCAGUAUCACCGGCUCGGAGGCGCCAGGGCCCCCCCAGGGCCAGGGCGCGCUGGGGAAGAUCUCGGAUCGCCGUUCGCCCAGCCACUUCUUUGUGCACCUGGGAAGCCACAACGAGAUUUGGUCUUAGCUGGCACUUGGUGAGGGGCCACAACGAAUCUGGGAGUUGGAAAGCUGGACCCAUCGGGAGGCGAAGAGUGGGGACUGGGGAAACAGGCACCUGCGGAGAAAGCCGGGGUGGUGGAGGCAACCCAAAGGCGGACGCCCAGCAAGGAUGGAGGCACGGUGAGCUUCUCUCGGCCCACGCUCAGGCCCCACCCGCGCCGAGCCUGGUUCCCAACACCCCGGGCCUCCGCAGCCUCCGCCCCGCACCUCCGGCCCUUGCUUGGCGCAAACAGGCAUCCCUUCCCCUUUAACAGCAGGGCCCCGCCCCUGCCCUACCCUCAGCCCCCACUACCCACCCGAGGCCGAUCUGUCAGUCUCUGCCUUGGCCCGAGCUGGCCAACCCUCUCCACCCCGGACCGAGGCAGCGGCUUCGGCAGCCUAGGGUCCAAUCUGCACUCGAGAGCCAGCCAGGGAGCUCCUGGGGCCCCUGCCGGCCACGCUCCUGCGGGAUGCAAGUCCCCGCGCCGUCGCCCGGUAGGGGCAGGCGCCCGCGCGACGGCUCUCGGUGCACAGGGAUGCUGGUAUUCCGGGGGCCCCGGCGACCGGCGGUGACCAGACCCGCGGGCCCCUGAAGCCGUGGCUCUGAUCGCCCUGCGGCUGGGCUCCCGAAAGCUGAGCAUCCUUCCCGAACUACAGAACCUCUGGCGGUCCUCCCUGGCUUGGACCCAUGGAGCCUGCGGUACUGGCUCCGCACAACCUUCCGCACCACGAGCCUAUUAGCUUCGGCAUCGAUCAGAUCCUGAGCGGCCCCGAACCCACGGGAGUCGGCCUAGGCCCGGGUCGUGCGGGCCAGAGCCAUGGUGAAACCGCGGCGUUCUCGAGUGGAUUCCACGGAACCUCGGGCUAUGGUCCUACAGGCUCGCUGGCCCCGCUGUCCAGCGGCUCUGGAGUGGCUUCGGGCGGCGUGAUUCGCGUUCCAGCGCACCGCCCGCUGCCGGUGCCACCGCCAGCGAGUGGUGCCCCUGCGGUGCCUGGGCCCUCGGGCUUGGGCGGCGCCGGGGGCCUUACGGGACUCACCUUUCCCUGGAUGGACAGCGGCCGCCGCUUUGCCAAGGACCGACUCACGGCUGCGCUAUCGCCCUUCUCUGGGACGCGCCGCAUAGGCCACCCCUACCAAAACCGGACACCCCCGAAACGGAAGAAGCCCCGCACGUCGUUUUCCCGCUCGCAGGUGCUGGAGCUGGAGCGGCGCUUCCUGCGCCAGAAGUACCUGGCCUCGGCCGAGAGGGCAGCGCUAGCCAAGGCCUUGCGGAUGACCGACGCACAGGUCAAGACCUGGUUCCAGAACCGACGCACCAAGUGGCGGCGCCAGACUGCAGAGGAGCGCGAGGCGGAGCGGCACCGCGCGGGACGGCUGCUCCUGCACCUGCAGCAGGACGCGCUCCCUCGGCCUCUGCGGCCGCCGCUGCCCCCAGACCCGCUAUGCCUGCACAACUCGUCCCUCUUCGCGCUGCAGAAUCUGCAGCCCUGGGCAGAAGACAACAAAGUGGCCUCGGUGUCCGGGCUCGCCUCGGUGGUGUGAGCUACUCCUGCACCAUCGACCCGGCGCUCUUUUCCGACUGAGGCGGCUCUGGGAGUGCCAGGCCUAGGGUGGUGUAGCGUGCAGCUGCUCGAACCCAUGAUCUAGUGGACGCCGAGCGUAAGAAAAACAGAAGGCCUUGAGACUAUGGUCCACAGCAUCUCGACCACCAUCAGGCUCCCAGCCCCACGUUGCGCCGAUGCGGGGUGCACUUAGAUGCGGCCUUUCCCGCCACUUUCCAGAGUUGCCUCUAAGCAGUAGCUGGAGGCUCGGUGCGGGAGGGCGGG